AUGUCAUCAAUGCCUGGUAAAGAUGAGGUCGAAGUAUUAAAACCCUCACUAUCGUCGUGUGGGACAUCUACAGCGUACAUUUUGCAAGUACAUGCUUAUUAUCUGACGGAAUCUCUUUUACGCAAAUAUUUUCCUGUAGAAUCCAUGAUAAUCACAUGGAAAGAUGAUCAUAGAGUGUAUUUAACUUUUGAUUCUUCUGAACAAGCUCAAUCAGCCUACUUGGAAUAUUUGCGUCUUGGCAGUCAAUUCAACGCGGUCGUAAAGCCAAUUUACGUUUCUCAUAAUGAAAUUCUUCGGCUUUGUAAAAAGAAAAGAAUUCAUGUUGACAUGGACGCUGCCGAGAGGCUGAUCCAACGGCGAACAGAGUCAUGA